AGGAGGAGGAGGAUGUGGCGCGCGGAGGGGAAAUGGCUGCCGAAAACAAGCCGGAAGGACUGAAGAGAAUACGUAAUCCGGAUCGAAUGUACAGAACAGCCGUGGGAUACACCGGCCACGCUCCUCCCAAGGCUGUCAGCGAUGACACGGACAGCAACAGUGAACAUGGACAUUUGAAAAUAUACCUGCCCAAGAAACUGCUCGAAUGUCUGCCCAAAUGCUCCUCCCUGCCCAAGGAGCGUCACCGCUGGAACACCAAUGAGGAGAUUGCAGCCUACCUGAUCACAUUUGAAAAGCAUGAGGAGUGGCUGACCACCUCCCCCAAAACCAGGCCACAGAAUGGGUCCAUGAUACUGUACAACCGGAAGAAGGUGAAGUACCGGAAGGAUGGCUACUGCUGGAAGAAGCGGAAAGAUGGCAAGACCACGCGAGAGGAUCACAUGAAGCUGAAGGUCCAGGGAGUGGAGUGCCUGUAUGGAUGCUAUGUCCACUCCUCCAUCAUCCCCACCUUCCACCGCCGAUGCUACUGGCUACUGCAGAACCCGGACAUCGUGCUGGUCCACUACCUGAAUGUGCCGGCCAUCGAGGACUGUGGCAAGCCGUGCGGCCCCAUCCUGUGCUCCAUCAACACGGACAAGAAGGAGUGGGCCAAGUGGACCAAGGAGGAGCUCAUCAGCCAACUCAAGCCCAUGUUUCAUGGCAUCAAGUGGACUUGCAGCAACGGGAACAGCAGCACCGGCUUCUCUGCCGAGCAGCUGGUGCAGCAGAUCCUGGACAGCCACCAGACCAAGCCGCCGCCCCGGACCCACAACUGCCUCUGCACAGGCUCCCUGGGUGCCGGGAGCAGCCUGCAUCACAAGUGCAACAGUGCCAAACACCGCAUCAUCUCCCCGAAGGUGGAGCAGCGCUCGGGCGGCGGAGGUGGCGGGCCGUACGGGGGCCACAGCGAGGUGCAGAACAGCGAUGUGUCCGAGGGCAAGACCGAGCACAGCCAUGGCAAGAACGGCAGGGGUGGUGGUGGUGGUGGUGGUGGUGGUGGUGAGGGGGGCUCCAACAGCAACGGUGGUGGGGUUGGGGGAGCGCGGGAGAAGCGCAACGGCAAGGUGGCCAAGCCAGCACUGCUCCACCAGAGCAGCACGGAGGUGUCGUCCAGCAACCAGGUGGAGGUGCCCGACACCACGCAGAGCUCGCCCGUGUCCAUCAGCAGCGGGCUCAACAGCGAGCCCGACAUGGCCGACAGCCCCGUGGUGAACGCCAUGGCCCACGUGGGCUCCGUCAUGGGCAGCCUAUCGCAGAGCAGCGUCUUCAUGUCCGAGGUGAGCGGCGACCCCGUCUACAGCAUGUCGCCCACGGGGGGCGCCAACGCGCACCUGCUGGGCGCCGACACCACCCCCGGCGGCCUGGUGCUGGCCGUGGCCGGCGACGGGCACAAGUUCGCCUUCCCCGGGGCGGUGGGCGUGGGCCUGGGCGAGGGCGGCAGCGCCGACAGCCUGGCCAUGCUGACCGCCGGGGGCGUCUCCGAGGAGCUGGUGCUGUCCAGCAGCCUGGACACCACCUCCAUCAAGCUGCCCGAGACUACCAUGAACUUUGACCCCGACUGCUUCCUCAACAACCCCAAGCAGGGCCAGACGUACGGCGGCAACGGGAUGAAGACGGAGAGCGGCGAGCAAGGCGGCCUGAGCUGCUCCUCCACGCUGCCCGACGCCUACGGCUUCAGUGCGGCGCUGGUCAAGAACAUCAAGAUGGAGGACACCUCGUUCGAGCAGCAGCUGGCCAAGGAGAGCGGCUACCAGGUGGGCGAGGUGGGCAGCGGCGGGGUCAUCUCCGGCUCUGGUGGUGGCAGCGGCGGGCCCCAGAGCUCCCUGGCGCUCACCCCCACCAACUCCCUGCUGCCCACCGGCGGAGGCCUGAGCCCAAGUACCACCCUGGAGCAGAUGGACUUCAGUGCCAUCGACGCCAAGCAGGACUACUCCUCGACCGUCAUGUCCUCCGCCGGCUACACCCAGACGCUGGGCAGCCCCCACCUCCCGCACCAGAGCCACUCUCCCAGCUUCUUCCUGCAGAGCUCUCCCCAGUCUUCCCAGGCCCAGGGCCUGCCCAGCAGUAGCAGCGGCGGCGCCCAGGCCUCCAGCCAGGCCCCCCAGGGCGCCGCUGGCACCUACAUGGCUCUGCCCGUGGUCAAGUCCGACUCCCCCAGCACCAAUGGCACCCUCCGCGCCCAACACCAGGUGUCCCACGGCGGGCAACAGCACGGAGGAAUGACCAAAUGCAACGGCACCUCGCCCACCGAACGCAACGGGCCGUCCAACACCUUGCAGCUGCUCCAGUUCCAGAGCCGCUUCUCCGGGUCGGGCACAGAGGCGGGAGACGGGGGCAGUCUGAAGCAGAACGGAGGAGGAGAGGAGCCUGGAGAGUCUGGCUGCCAGGACGGCAGGGCCCGUGACGGGCUGAUGAAGGCUGGCGACGGGAUGCAGAUGUGUCGCGGCAUGGGGACGGAGGCAGGAGGUGGAGGAGGAGGAGGAGGAGGAGGAGCAGCAGAUGGUGUGGAUCACUACCUCCAGUCGCACGCGGAGGGGAACGGAGUGGCCGGAGCAGGUGGGGCUGAGACUGGCGCGCUGUGCAAUGGGACGGACGGCCCAGGUGGUGCGGAGGGCAGCCCUCAUGGCCAGCUCCCUCUGCUGCAGGGCACGGGGCUGGUGCAGGGCCUCUUCAGCGCAGUCACCUCCCACCAGGCCACCAGCAGCGGAGCCGGCACCACUGGGGCUAUGGAGAUCAACCUGGACCACUUCGACGUUUCCUUUGGCAACCAGUUCUCCGACCUCAUCAACGACUUUAUAUCCGUGGAGGGCACCGGUGCGUCAGGGACAGGAGGCGGAGCCCUGUACGCCCAUCAGCUGCUGGCCCACUCCGGAGCCGAGGGGCAGGUGUCCUCCGGGGCGGCGAGCCAGCAGGCGGGAGAGGAGGGCGGGCCGACAGGGCAACCUGGAGCGGGGUACAGCUCCGCCGGGGAGCUCUGCCUCCAGCCCUGCUGCAGCCCCCAGGCGGGCACGGCCCCCACCGGUCCGGGCGAUGCGAGCCAGCUGGCCUACAUGCAGGUGGCAGAGGUGGCGUCGGCUGGAGUGGCCCACGGGACCAUGGAGAUCAUCCAGGCCACCGGCCGGCUGUUUGUGGUGACUGACUACUCGCCCGAGUGGUCCUACCCCGAGGGUGGAGUGAAGGUGCUGAUCACAGGCCCAUGGCAGGAGGCCAGCAGUGACUACAGCUGCCUGUUUGACCAGAUCACUGUUCCCGCCUCCCUCAUCCAACCCGGCGUGCUGCGAUGCUACUGCCCAGCCCAUGACACUGGCCUAGUGACGCUUCAGGUAGCAGUGAGUGGCCAGAUCAUCUCCAACUCUGUGGUGUUUGAAUACAAGGCCCGGGCCCUGCCUGCUCUGCCUUCCUCCCAGCAUGACUGGCUGUCUCUAGAUGAUAACCAGUUCAAGAUGUCCAUCCUGGAGCGGCUGGAGCAGAUGGAGCGGCGGAUGGCAGAGAUGGCCGGCCAGCAGCAGGGAGGCGGCGGUGGGGGCUCGUCUGACAGCGGAGGGAGUGGAGCAAGAGGAGGAGGAGGGUGUGGAGGUGGAGGAGGAGGAAACGACAGUGCCAUCCAGUCACAGGACGGGGGGAAGAUGCAGGCGGGAAGCUCCUUUGAGGGUCGCGUGGUGGUGGUGUGUGAGAAGAUGAUGAACCGCGCCUGCUGGGCCAAGUCCAAGCACCUGAUCCACUCCAAGACGUUUAGGGGCAUGACCCUCCUCCACCUGGCCGCCGCACAGGGCUACGCCACCCUCAUCCAGACCCUCAUUAAGUGGCGCACAAAGCAUGCAGACAGUAUUGAUUUGGAACUGGAAGUAGACCCGCUAAAUGUGGAUCACUUCUCCUGCACUCCCCUGAUGUGGGCAUGUGCCCUGGGCCACGUGGAGGCAGCUUUGCUUCUGUACAAGUGGGACCGCCGGGCCCUGGCCAUCCCCGACUCCCUCGGCCGCCUGCCCCUCGCCAUCGCCCGCUCCCGUGGCCACACCCGCCUGGCAGAAUGCCUAGAGCACCUCCAGAGGGACGAGCAUCAGCAGCAGCAGUCGACCAGCCCCAGCCUGCCCUUCUCUCCCGGGACGGAGGCCGCACACGCGGACAGCUGGGUGGACAUGUGGGGCGGAGAGGCCUUAUCUGGUGGCCUUAGAGCGAUGGCAAACACCAGCACAGAUUUGAGAAGACCCCGGUCUGAACCAUCCAGCUAUUAUGCCAGUGAGGGCCAAAGUGACGCCCCAGUUUCCAAGCGACACAAGCCCAAUCCCGACGCUCUGGGCCUGGAGCAGCUCAGUCAGCGACCCAAGUCCAGCCCCCCGAAAGGGCAGAGAGAGAGCGGGUCCGACCGGGAGGCCCGAGACGGAGGCAGGCAGGGGACGUCUACCGGCCGCCAGAGCUGGAAAGCAGGAUCCGGCAGGAAGGCAACUGGGGCCGGCAGCUUAGGGAAGGAGAGGCUAGCAAGCCGGCUUAGGAUGCAGGCUGAGGCCUCCUCCGCAACUGCAGAUGUUAAUGAACUUCUCGCCGGUCAGGAGAACAUGGAGAAUACAGAGGAUCUGCAGAUGAACAUGAUGACCUUGGCUGAACACAUUAUUGAAGCCACACCUGAUCGCAUCAAGAGAGAGAACUUUGUCCCGAAGGACACCACCCCAGCUGACAACACUUCAGUCAACAGCACAGUCAAUUGGUUGGCCAGCUACCUUGGCGAUGCAGAACGGUUCCCAUACAAUAAACUUGCCAGCACCAUCCCAGGCCUGGGCUCCUGCUCGUCCACUGGGCCCGCAGAGCUGGAGGGCUCCCUGGGCAAGCUGGGCCUCCCAUCCCUGGCCGACUGGACUGCCUUCCUCAGCGUCUCCCACAGCAAGGCUGAGCAGGACAUGGCUCAGUUGGCCCUAAGCGACCCGGAGCAGCGCGAGCUGUAUGAGGCCGCACGCCAAGUCCAGAGCACCUUCCGCAAGUAUAAGGGACAGCCACUACGCGAACAGCAGGAAGUGGCAGCCGCUGUUAUUCAGCGCUGUUAUAAAAAAUACAAACAGCUGACCUGGAUAGCUUUGAAGUAUGCACUUUACAAGAAGAUGACGCUGGCCGCCAUCCUCAUUCAGAGCAAGUUCCGCAGCUACCACGAGCAGAAGAAGUUCCAGCAGAGCCGGCGAGCGGCCAUCUUGAUCCAGCAGUACUACCGCAGCUACAAGGAGCUCGGCCGCCCGCGCCUCCCCUGCCGUGCUCGCACUGCCGUCCUGGUGCAGCACAAACUAAGAAGCAGUCUGUGGACAAAGAGGCAGGACCAGGCUGCUAGAAAAAUAAUGAAAUUCCUCCUGAGAUGUCGUCACAGCCCCUUGAUGGACCAUAGACUGUUCAAACGGGGCGAGAGAAUUGAGAAAGGCCAAGGAACAUGAGAGUGUGCCACUGCAGGGCCCCGCCAUGGUCUGACGCGUCCUCAAGACCUCCCUCCUUCCCUACCUUUUUGUCCCUCUUUCUACCAGUGAUGAACAUUUUACAACGAACACAGAAAAAAACAAGGAUACGAUGUGAUUACUACUACUUAAAGUUGUCUACUAAAGCUACAGCAUCUUUUUUCUCUUUCUAUUGAGGGAACUGAAGCAUUCUGUAAAACUGAAGAACUCUUCUGGGAAAAUAUAAUAUUCAAUCCAUGGCAUUUUUGCACUCUUCAUAGAUUUUUUUCAAAGAGCAAAAAAAAAAUCAAACAAAAAAACAAAAACGAGGAAAAAAGGAAAGCGGAAGAAGAAACAAAUGGAGGAAAGAAAGGAAAAAAGGAAUUGAAAACGCAUCAAAGGUGUUUCUAGUAGCAAGUGUAAGAUAUCCAAUGGAAGCGAAGGCGUGUUUUCAGAUGGAAGAGACUUUGCAUAAACUUGCGUAAUCAUGCUGGAUCCUGCUUCUGAUAACAUUUCGUAAAAAAGACAAAAAAAACUAUUUGAAAAAAAAAGAACACCAUAAACCAAAAGAACUGCCUCAUC